ACUGCAACUGACUUGGGAAAUGCUGAAGGAUUACAUUAAUCUGAGGUUUGCCCAGCACUGUUAUUGGUAUGGACUGAAAUCAUAACGAAUAGGAGGCAGGUGCAAAGGGUUCCCAUAAAAAAAAAAUCAUCUGGAUGUCUCACAGGCUAACAGCCCUGUGACAGCUUCACCUACCAGAGGGAGAGGGCGAGAGAGAGAUCAAGUGUGAGAGGAGGCAGAAGGGAGACAGAGGGAGCAGCUGAGAAGGAUCCGAGGGACCCAGUUCUGAUCCUCCAACUGAGCAGAGGGGACACGGGGGAGCCCCGGCUCUGACAGCAGCCAGGACAGCAGAGGUGACCCACGCAGGUUAAUAAGGGGCACAGCUUCUUUCAGCCCGACCACUGAGACCUGUGAGCGAGGGACCCGCUGAACACCUAUGGAGAGCUCUGUGGUCUGAGGCACCAGGCAAAGCCCCUGGUCCCAGGAGAGGCAACAGAGACUUCCAUCAGUAUCAUCCCAGAGCUGAACCCGUGAGGUGGAGUCUGAAGUCUCUUUGUGCUGACCAUAGGAAGCUGAGUGAAGCAUCAUGAGCGGCCAUCGGGAAGAAAUAUACAAGAAAUCUUCUGUGCCAGGUGUUAUUAUCACCCAGUUUGUCAAGGAGAUUCCCAAAGGAUGCAGCACACCUGACUUUGUGCAGAAACCUGUCUCUGUGACACUGCAGGAAGGUAAAAAUGCUAUUUUCAGAGCUGUGGUCAAAGGUAUCCCAGCCCCUGAGGUGAAAUGGACACGCACAAAAGGAAAAAUGGGUGAUCCUGCCAGAUGUGAAACAUUCUUCAAUACUGCCACAAGUGAAUUCAUUCUGCAGAUCAAAAACCUCAGUGCAUCUGACAGUGAUUUGUAUCGUUGCUGUGCUGUCAAUGAAUACGGGGAGGCCUCGUGCUCUGUUGGCCUCAGGAUCAUACAAGUUGGCUUUAAGAGGAAAACGAAAUAUGUUCCUGUUCAUCCUGCUGAUGUGUUAAAGCAGCAGCUUGAGGCAUCCAGGAAGAUGCUGAAGAGGAGGCCCCCACCACCAAAACAAAAAGCCUUGACCAAGGAACAAGUCUGGCAACUGUUGCUGCAUGCAGACAGAAGAGAUUAUGAGAAAAUCUGCUUGAAAUAUGGAAUUGUUGACUUCCGUGGAAUGUUGAAAAAGCUGCAGGAGUUAAGGAAGGACACAGAGAGUGAACAAGAACAGUUACUACACAGUGUCAGAAACUUUGAACACAUCAGAGUUGACAAUGAGGGAAAAGCCACGUUCAGUCUGGAGAUGGACCUGAAGGACAGUAACAGCAAAAUUUAUCUGCUCAAGGAUGGUGAGAGACUCAGAUAUGGAACAGGGGAUGAGUACAGAAAGCACUACAUGAAGCAGAUUGGAAAAAAAUAUUGUUUUGUUAUCAAUGAUGUGAGGCCUGAAGAUGCAGGCGUGUACCAAGUCAGAGUGGAGGAUGUUCCUGUUUUCUCAACUGCACUGGACCCUGAGGCCAUCCCUGUGAGGUUUGAGCAGCCUCUCAGCGACGUGCGUUGUCUGGAGAAGGAAGAUGCACACUUUGAGUGCAUCCUGCGCACCCCCUGCCACAAUGCUGUGUGGCUGCACAAAACCCAGGUCCUGCAGAACAGUGACAAGCACCAGAUCUCUGUGUCACCUGAUGGUCUGACCCACAAGCUGACAGUCAAAAACACCGAGACCUCUGACAAUGGCAUGUAUGUGCUCAGCACUGGGACCUGCACCUCCAAGGCCUGGCUUCUUGUAGAGUAUGCCAAAGGAAAGAGGAAACAGGAUGAAGAAGGUGAAGGAGAGGAAUCCAACUGGCUGAAAGAAACGUUGCCAGAUAAAGACAGGGCCAAGAAACCUCGUGCUGGUGAUGAUCACCUUAUGGACACUGGCAUGGGAGGAGAUGGCUGGGCCAGAAGUGGUCAACGUGGCAGUGAAGGCCACUCCAUUGAUGCUGAUGGAAGCCAGGGAUUUUUGGGAAAGGAAGGGCACUUGGUGACAAAUGAUGGUAGUGUCUUGGGCUUAGGGGACAAAAGUGGAUUAGGGCCUUUCCAUGGCAAGGAUUCUGUGGGAGACAGAGCAGGUACUGGUGGUGAAUUUGGAGGAGCAGGUUCUGUGGAUGGCAGAGGUGGGGGUGUGCUGGGUGGUGCUGAUGUUGAUAUGGAUGGAGAAGGCAUGGGCUCUCAGUAUGACAAGGAUGGUAAAUUAGGUGGUUACAGAGCUGGUGUUGGGGGUGCUGGGGGAUCAGGUCCUGCUGAUGGAAGUUCUGUCUCAGGUGAACUCAAUCCUGAUCUGACUGGAAUGGGAGCUGGUAAGGGUGAUCUGUUCAGCAGGACUGGCCCAGGAGCUGGAAAUACUGCUGCAGGUAUGGAUGUAGGAGGAGGAAUGAAGUCCUCUGGCAAGGAUGAUCUGCUAACUGGAGCUGGUAUAAACAGAGAAGGACAACAAGGGACUCAGUUUGGCAAGGAUGGCCAGAUACUUCAUUCUGGUGGUCAUCUAGAUCAGACAGGAAAGUCUGGCUUGCUCUAUGGCCCAGAUGGUCUUCCAGCUGGAGACCAGGCUAUAGCUGGUGCAGGUGCCAGUUCUGGGGAAAUGGGGGCUUUGUAUGGUCCAGAUGGGCGCCCAAUUGGAGCAGGUGCUGGUGUAGAUGGUGUGGCUGGUGCAGGAGGAGCUGGAUCUCCCUAUGGAAAAGAUGGUCUCCCAGCUGGGGCUGGUGCUGGUGGAGCUGGUGUGGCUGGUGCAGGAGCAGCUGGGUCUCCAUAUGGAAAGGAUGGUCUCCCAGCUGGGGCUGGUGCUGGUGGAGCUGGUGUGGCUGGUGCAGGAGCAGCUGGGUCUCCAUAUGGAAAGGAUGGUCUCCCAGCUGGGGCUGGUGCUGGUGGAGCUGGUGUGGCUGGUGCAGGAGCAGCUGGGUCUCCAUAUGGAAAGGAUGGGAGUGUGGCAGGAGGUGCUCUGGGAGGUGCAGAAGGAGGAAUGGGAUCCCAGAACAGCAGGGAUGCCUCGCUGGGCAGAGCUGAGGGUGAAGCAGGAGGAGAUGGCUUUUUGUCAGGAGAUGCAUUUCAGGGUGGUUCAGCUGGAGCCAGGGCUGGUGUGGGUGCUGGGGGAAGGUUGGGAGCUGAUGACGAGGAGUUAGGUUCAGUCUAUGGUAAAGAAGGUGUGGGAGGUGCUGCUGGCCAAGGGGGGCUGGAUUCACAUUCUGGCAAAGCUUCUGCUGAAGGUGAAACUGGAAAGGGCACUGCCAGUGAUCUUGGAGGAUCAGGAAAAAAUCAGGACAAAGAUGCACAUUCAGGUCAGGGAGAUGCCAGGGGCAAGGAUGGAGAUUUAGGAGGGUUGGGCUCCUUUUAUGACGAACAUUCUGCCUCUGGGAGAGUAGGGAAAUCUGCUGGCAUGAGGAGUUCAGGUGGGUUUGGUCAGGGUUCAUCACAUUUAGGUCAAACAUCAAGUCUGUUUGGUGGCCCUCUUUCCAUCAACCAGAGAAUAAAGGAAUCUGACCUUGAAAUUAAAGCAAAUGAUUUCUUGAGGAACACAGAAAGUACUGGAAAAAGAAGAAAUUACACCCUAGAUAAUUUGAAAGCCCCACGGUGUUUUCUCAGCAAAGGUCUACAUGAUAUCACUGUCCUGAAGGGGGAGUCUGCUGAGCUCUCCUUCACUGUCAGUAAACAUGAUGUGACAGGAACCUGGUAUAAAGAUGGACUAAAGUUAACAAGCAUGGAUGGAGUCGUUUUUAAAAAGGAAGGUCUAGUCCACAAACUAAUUAUUAACAAAGUGGAAGAUAUUCAUGCUGGGAAAUACAGGUUUCAAGGUGGAGAUAUAAAAACUGAAGCUAAUAUUUUUGUUGAAGAUCCUCCCCAGGUUGACCAAGUUCUCCUCAAGAACUUAACAAGUAUUCCUACUGUGGCCAAGGCAGGGCAGAAGGUGCAGAUCAGGAUCCCCUUCCAGGGCCGCCUGCCCAUGGGAGCAGUGUGGCUGAAGGACCGGAUGGAGCUGAUGAAUGACACCAGGAUCCGUGUGGAUAAAACAGACACCUUUACCAUGCUGUCCAUCUCCAGCUGUGAGAGAAAGGACUGUGGGGAUUAUAAAGUCAGGCUGAAGAAUGACAGUGGGGUCCUGGAGAUUAACUUAAAGGUGGUGGUAGUAGACAAGCCACAGCCACCUGUAGGACCCAUCAAAAUUAUAGAAAACUCUGGAAAUAGCAUCACCAUUGCAUGGAAGCCCCCUAAAGAUGAUGGGGGCAAACCAGUGCAAAGCUACAUUGUUGAGAGUCAGCAGGUUGGCAAGGGCAGCUGGGUGGCUCUGGGAGAAACCCCCCGGACCUCUACAACCUUCACCACUAACAAAGUGGAACCAGGCAUGAGCUACUACUUCAGGGUGAGAGCUGUGAAUGCUGAGGGAAGCAGUGAUGCACUGGAAUCAGAGGAAGUGAAGACUGACAGUAAAGCUUCACCUGGUGCCCCAGAUCCCCCUGAGGUUGUCAGUACCAGCAGAGACAGCAUCACAAUAUCCUGGAAAGCACCUCGUAAAGCUGGCAGUUCCCAGAUCGUGGGGUACAUGGUUCAGAAACGGCAGAAGGGCAGAGGGACCUGGCUGCUGGUCAACAAGACACCCAUAAAAGGCAAGCAGCUGAAAGUCACCAACCUGAAGAAGGGUCUGCAGUAUGAAUUCCGUGUGGCAGCUGUCAAUGCUGCUGGCACAGGAGAUGCCAGUGAACCCUCUCAGCCUGCCAUUGCCCAGGAUACCAGCAAAUCCCUGGGUCAAGUGCGUGACCUGAAGGUGAGCAGCAGUGACUCCUCCAGCCUCACCUUGACGUGGAAGAGCCCUGAGGUGAAAGAUGGGAAUGAUGUCAGAGGCUAUGAGGUGGAGAUGCGGCCAUCAAAGAGCCUGAGCUGGACCAAGUGCAAUGCUCUCCCCAUAACAGGCACCACCUACACAGUCAGAGGGCUCCAAGUCAAGGAGAAAUAUUUCCUGCGUGUCAGGGCCCUCAGUGAGAGUGGCCCAGGAGAAGCUGCUGAGAUUGAAGGAUGCAUUGAAUCUGCUGCUCUUAUAAUUUCUCCCAGGUUUCUAAUAGAUGGCACAGUGAAAAGCUCCCUGAUUGUAAAAGCAGGAGACACCCUCAGAGUGAAAAUUUCUUUUGAAGCAGCUCCAAAUCCAGAGGUGACCUGGCUGAAGGAUGGAAUUCCUUUUUCAAAGCGGACUGCAAUAAGCACUGAAGAUGAUGCCACCAAGCUGCUGAUCAGGGCAACUGAGUUGACUGACAGUGGCACCUACACCAUUGAGCUCCGGAAUGGGUUAGGGGAAAAGGAAACCUUCACCUUCCAAGUUCAAGUCAAAGACAUACCACAACCACCUGGACCCAUUAAACUGGAAGAGAAUGUGCUAAAUGCAGUGACAGUGACCUGGGAGCCAUCAGCCUCUGAGAAAUGGGAAAGUGAUCUCCACUACACAGUCCUGAAACGGGAAUCAGAGAAGGGCUUGUGGGUCGUGGUGGGUGACCUGAUCUACAACAACAAAUUCACAUUCACCAGAGUCAUCCCAGGCCAGGAAUACUACUUUAGAGUCGUGGCAAAAAAUAGCAUGGGAGCCAGUAGUCCAUCUGAAACUGUGAAGCCUUGGAAAAUUAAAAAACCAAAGGCUCAGUUUGAAGUCAGACCACCGGAAUACCGGGAAGUCAAUCAAAACCAGCCCCCAAGAUUCCUUGUCCCAUUGAAGCCUCACGUGGUGACAAUUGGCACUGAGUGCCACAUGAGCUGUGCAGUUGGGGGCCAUCCACCUCCAAAGGUGACAUGGUACAAGAACAGUAGAGACCUCUCCAAUAAUCCUGACUAUUUUUGCAUUAACGACUUCGGUGUCUGCUCCCUGGUCAUCCCCAUAGUCACAAAACAGGAUGAAGGACAAUAUGUGGUAGAAGCCAUCAAUGAAGCGGGCCGUGCCUCCAGCAGAGCCUUCCUCACUAUUAAAGACACCACCCCGUAGCAUGACCUUCCUGAGAAAACCUGCCCUGCCCCGUGAAUGUGAAGGUUUUUACUGAGAACUGGGUUAUGUGAAGGCUCUGUGUUUGCUUUCAGACGUGCAUUGGAGUCUGAGUGGUUUAUUUUGAACGUGAUGCUGCAUUGUAGUCAAAAUUUGGGAGGGGGCAGGGGGGGAACCUUUGAGAGAAUUGUUUAUUUUUAUAAUGAUCAUGGCUUUCCACUAGACCUUUAAAAAACAGAUUAAAAGUUUUGGGAACUCAGAAGAUGAGAGGAAAAAUAAUUGGCAAAAAUGAAACUUUUCACAGAUGUGAGAGAUGGUUCUGCCACACUUGCUGUCAGGCUGCAACAAGAAUGUUUCAGUAGCAGAGAUCUCUGAAGCUGGCCUUUUAGUGUUUGGCUUUCUCACCCAAAGAAAUCAUUUUAGAUUCCAUAUAAUUCUCAGCAGGUUUCCUAAUUCUGGUAGAAGCAGCUCUGCAUGUAUUCCACUACCAGUAGCAGCUAAAUAUUGAAAAUAAUAUCUGCUAAAUACUAAUUUUGUCUGGGCAGGAGAGGAACUCUGAGACUGGGCUAACAUGAGGUAGUGCCAGUCACAGGGAAAAUGCACGGAUGGGAAUCACUGGAAAUCUAGAACCAGCUGUGCCAGUGACAGCACUGAGCAGUUGUCACUAUGAGCAGAUCAGUGCUGAACUUAAAAACCUGAUUGCAUUUUUAAUUAAAAACCUGAUAGCAAGUGCUGCAAGAAAGGAUGUGUCAGUCCUAACCUACCACAUCAGUAACACCUUCCAAAGUUAACUGCCCCUCCCUCGUGUCACUGCUCUGGAAGAGUUUUGCCCAACACAGGAAGAGGUUAAAAAUCUUUUGUGUUUGACCAGAACUAUGAGGUACCACCAGACACCUUCUGGGGAAGGUGGAAUUCCAUCACUGAGCAGAGGAGGAGGUUGGGAAGCUGAAGUGUUGUGGUAGCUGUAGAAACACAGCAUUGGAACCUCAGUACUUUGAUGUCAGCAUCCAGAAGCCAGGGGAGGACAGAUCAGAGCCCCAAAGCCACCUGACCCUCAGACAGCCAGUCAGACACUUCUGUGGGGCUGAAAUGUUCUAUUUGGUUCUAUUUUGUACAAUGUUGUACAAAUGGCAACAUAGCUUAUGAAAUUAAACCAUAAUUCAGUCAAAUCUA